UGCUAUCGAUUGGUGACGAUGUCUGGCAGAGGAAAGGGAGGCAAAGGAUUGGGGAAAGGAGGCGCCAAGCGUCACCGCAAAGUUCUCCGUGAUAACAUCCAGGGUAUCACCAAGCCAGCUAUUCGUCGUCUGGCUCGCCGCGGCGGUGUGAAGCGUAUCUCCGGUUUGAUCUACGAGGAGACUCGUGGUGUGCUUAAGGUGUUCCUGGAGAACGUCAUCCGUGAUGCUGUCACCUACACUGAGCAUGCCAAGAGGAAGACUGUGACCGCAAUGGAUGUGGUGUACGCCCUUAAGAGACAAGGUCGUACUCUGUACGGUUUCGGAGGCUAAAUGCAUACAAUGAACGAAAACAAAGGUCCUUUUCAGGACCACACACCUUUUCUACUGAAGGCUUAUUCCAUUCUGUAUAAUAUUGUUCCCAUACCGUUAUACCAGGCAUAUUAGUUGUCCCCAAUGAGAACGUUUUGAUAUAUUCCUCGCAAUAGUGUGAAAAUGAAGUUCGAAGACGUGCUCCAUUACAGUUCAUGGCGAGUCGUGACAACAACCCACUGAUCUAUCUACAGUUCAACCAUGACUGCGACAGUGUAAUUGCAGUUGAGCUCAGAAGACUAAUUGAGAACCAUUCCCGCUAAAUGUUUCCAACAAUAAAGAUUUGAUGAGUUGGAUACAAUUAGUAUAAGUACCUCACUGCACACAUGUCACAGGUGCACACAUGUAAGUUAUCGUCACACAGUUAAGA